UUUAACAGUCUCAUUGUCAGCCAUGCUCUUUUAGUGUCAGAUGUUUCUUAAAUCUUCUCCUUUGUUUUGAGGUUUUUCUCUUUUUCUGUCUCUCUCCAGGUUCUUGUUGCCACCUAUCUGUUUCCUUCUCCAUCUGUUUCCUUCUCUUUCUUUAAAAAUACAAGCAAACCCUUUUUUUGAAGCAGUUAACCUAUCUAAUUCCCUUCUAUUUACCACUUUUGGGAUUUCUAUUCAUAAUCUGGCAAUUACAUUGGAGUUGUUUGCACUGGACACUGCCCUGUUGGGUUAAAAGGCCUGUAUCCUUCCCAACUGUAAUUUCUUUCUGCUAUCUGACUAAUUUUAGGCUGACUGAUCACAUCAGAGUCCCGACCUUCUAAAGACUCUCAGCUGCCAUCAUGCUCCACCUGUCUUUUGAUUGAUGUCUUGGAGCUGGGCCCUGCCUCUCAUUUCCCUGGGUCAAUCUACAUUUAGAGGCGUUUUGGGUUUUCUCUCAUCCUUACCCCUCACUCUAUCUCUGUAUCUGCAUUGAGCUCUCAAAUGUCCAACUUUUCCACACUGAAAACAUCGAGUUUCUCUAGAAGUCCUUUGCCAAGAAGGACCCUGUCUUCCGAUGUUCAUCAUAGUUUGGGCAUAAUAAGCAUUUGUGCCCACUGUGGCACAGCGUCUUAUGAUCUCCUCUAAAGGAGCAUCUUUGUCUAGUCCCCAUAUAAUUCUUUUGCAAAUCUCAUUGGCAUUUUCCUUAGCCAGAUGUCUGGUCAUUAUUUCUGUGGCAGCAUUAUCUCCAAUGGUUCUUAUAACAGCUGUCUGCAAACGUCCCACAAAAUAAGCAAAAGAUUCAUUGGGACCUUGCUCUAUUUUUGUGAAAGCUUUACUUCCAUCUUUCUGUCCAGGGAGAGAAGACCAAGUUUUUAGUGCAGCCUUAGAAAUUUGCUCAUACACUGGUAUCCCAUACCAGUUCUGAAUUCUUUCCAUAUUGACCUUCACCAGCUAGUUGGUCAAAAGCUAUUUGUACAUUAGCUCCUGUUUGCCUAUUUCGUUGGGCUUGAAUCCUACAUAAUUCAUGAUACUCUGAAAGCCACAACAAAUUUUGUCCAGGUUCUAAACAUGACCUUGCUAUGGAUUUCCAAUCAUUCGGGGUUAAGAUUUCAUAAGACAAAUUAUCUAAUAACCUCUUCACAUAAGACGAUGUAGCCCCAUAAAGAGUGCAACUCUUUUUCAAAUCUUUAAUUUUUUCCAAAUUAAAAGGAGUGUAUUUUCUCUCUUUUUGACCUGAAGAGUCAAGCUUUUCAAUCACAGGGUAUGCAUUUAUAAAACCCAAUAUAUCUCCUCCUUUAUUUUUUAACUUAAUGCCUUUUCUAAUCUUGUCAUAUUCUUCUUCACAGGAGAAGCUGAUUGCAUUUUUGCUUCUCUCUUUCCCCCUUCUUCCCCUACCCAGGAAAGGUUAAUUGAGGGGGGAGGGUCAUAAGAUGUGGAAUGAUCUACCUGCUGUGAAGUAUCAACACUCAGAAAUUGUACUUAACUCCAUCCUUAUCUGAUUCUUCCUGCUUUUCACCUCGUUUAGUUGGCACUUCCCCUUCUUGCUCUUUCUUCUUUUUCCUUAUUUUAACACUUAAAACAUUUCCUAAAGCCAGUUGUAUUAAAUUGUAUAUAUAAAGUAUAUUUUUGGAAAUUGAGUUUGGAUGAUAAUAGUAUUCACCCAAUUUCUCUCCUAUUAAUUUCCACUGGUCUGGAUCCAGUUCUUUUUCUAUAGAGAACCAAAGACAUAUGUACUUAACAUUUUCUAAAAGUUCAGUGAUCUGCUCCAAAAUUAUAAUCAAACCUUGGCUUUCCAUAACUUUGACAAUGCUCUCUAAACAUUUUCCUUGAACAGAAACAGAAGGCUGUUUUCUAAACAUCUGUUCCAUCUUAGAUGAAAUUCUACUUUAACUCUUUUAACAAAAUUUCUUUGUUGUACUCUCCCUAAUUUUUGGGUUGAAGAGUCUUUUCCACUGGAAUCAGGAUCAGAGGCUUUUCCACUGAAAUCCACUGAGGAGCCUGUCAAUCCCACAUUGAGCGCCAAAAUGUGGUGUUCUCUUCUUUAAAAUAUAAUGGUUCUCUCUGGGAGCAGGUUUCUUGGAAAGGUUUUCUGGAGGCAGCCUUUCAGUUAAAAGUAAUAAUUACUCCAAACUCAGUCAGGUGAUAAAAGUUCAGAUCUUUUAUUGCUUCCUCCAAAAUAGCCCGGUUAGUUUUUCUUAGGGGCCUAUCUUUUUGCUUGGUUCCAAGAGCUCUUGCAGUUGUCCUUUGCCUCUGCUUUCUUCAGCCUCCAGCCAGCACAAAGGUGGAAGAUGGAAUGAAUCUGUCUUGCCUCCGAGAGAGGGCUGAACUGACUGACUGGCUCAUUGAAGCUCUUUUUAUGCUCUGUGUAAAAGGUUGACUCCUCCUCCGAGAGUGGGAUUAUGGGAUCCGAGACUGGGAUUAUGGGUUUCUGACUUGUGAAUCUCAUACCGAAUACUGCCUUGUGAAUCUCCCAAAAGUGUGAACUCCAAUGAGUACUUAAAUAAUUCUUGCUUAUAUGAGCUCUCUAAAGGUGUGAACACAAGCAUUGUAUCAAUUCCAUUGAGUUAACACUAGGAUUCUAACAUUUCCCUUGAGUUCUCGACUUGUUUCAAAUUGAGUUAACACUAGCAUUCUAACAGUUAGGAUCAUAACUAGCUUGCCUAUUGUUGAGAGUAAUCUUAAAUGAAGUUACUAUUAUAUUAAGGAAAGAAAAAACAGUUGAACUUUUAAUAGGCCAGCUAAAAGACAGUAAGGGGUGAUCUACUUUAAAGUAAAUUAUUUAUAUAGUCAGGGAAUACAGUUUCCACUUGGCUGGCUGGUAGCGGAAGAAAGAGUUUUCAGAGGAAGAAGCUACGAGUGGAGAGUUCAGAGGACAACCAGAUUCAUCUUCAUCUCACACCACUGUGGUUGGUGGCUGGGCUCCUGAACUCCCCCCACUGAGACCAAGCUGGUCUGAAAGACUCACCAGAAAGCUAGCCCAGCCCCAAGUGAAGGAGACAAGAGAUUCAUUCCAUCUCUGUGCUGGCUGGAAGCUGAAGAAAGCAGAGGCAGAGGCUAAAGACAAAACCUUUGGAUUUGGAGACAUUCAGAAGGCUCUAAGCUAACCGGGCUAUAUUAGAGAUAAUAAAAGAUCUGAACUUUUAUCGCCUGGCUGCGUUUUGAGGUGAUUAUUACUUUCAACUGAUACUAAAGCUGCCUUCAAGAAAACCCCCGAGAAACCUGUACCUCUUCCCCAGAAAGAAUCAUUUUAUAUUAUAUAUUUAAAAGAAGAAAAAGAAACACCACAUUUAUACAAACAUUUCUUUUAUGGAAUCUCACAAAAUGAGUUGUAUUGGCAGUUUUAAUAUGCAGUAACAAAUAGAUCCAUCCUUAUACAUCAAAUUAUGAGGUAAGUCACAGAAAUAGUGGAACUCCCUGCCUCUCUCCCUCCUUCCCCCACCCCACCCCAAAAGGCUAACCAAAACACCUAGCUAUACUGAAAAGACAUCCAACCACAUGAAUAAAAAAUUUUAAUUUAACUUUAAAAUCAAGUCAAGCCAAUGAUAUUUCCCUAUCUAUCAUCCUUUUGGACACAACAUAAUCACCUUUCUAUCACCAUAUCAAUCCUAUGAAGUUGCUACUAUAAAUAUUAGUAUUUCCCUUUUACAAGUGAAAAAAAAAAAAGUCAAGGGAACAGCCAAUGUUCACAGCUAGUAAAUUUGAUAGGGCAGGAUAUUUCAUCCAGGGAAUGAGCUAUCAGAGUUCUGGACUACUAUUACCCUUAUCAAGUUAUGGCUAAUCAUUCCAGUAAUUCAGUAAAGUGAAAAACAAAACGUAGCAUUCAGUUUUACCUUCCUUUUUUUAUUUAUUGGAUUGCUCUUUUUUAAAAUUAAAGCUUUUUAUUUACAAAACAUAUGCAUAGGUAAUUUUUCAAGCAUUGACCCUUGCAAAACCUUUUAUUCCAAAUUUUCCUCAUCUUCCCUCCACCCCCUACCUGGCAAGUAGUCCAAUACAUGUUAGAUAUGUUAAAAUAUAUGUUAAAUCCAAUAUAUGUAUACAUAUUUAUACAGUUAUCUUGCUGCAUACGAAAAAUCAGAUAAAGAAGGAAAAAACAAAACAAAAUACAAGCAAACAGAAUGCUAUAUUGUGGUCCACACUCAGUUCGCACCUGGACUAUUUUUUUUUAAUUUUAUUAUUUUUUUUUAAUUUAAAUUUUAUUUUAUUUAAUAAUAAAGUUCGCACCUGGACUAUUUUUUUUUAAUUUUAUUAUUUUUUUUUAAUUUAAAUUUUAUUUUAUUUAAUAAUAACUUUGUAUUGACGACUAUUCUUUUAAAGAAAAUAGUUUAUAGUUCAACUCAAAAGCCCGUGCGUCUCCCCCACCCCUUCCACCCCCGUUUCUCCCAGCAUUUAUUGGAAGUGGAAACAGAUUUUGUUUUCCGCACUUUCGGCUGACUAGGACGCGAUAGCCCAGAAGAGAAUGGGACUAGAUUGGAGAGAAGGAAGGAAGGGGGGAGGGGUAAAGGAGGAGGGAAAGGAACCAAAGGGACUCAGUCCAAACCCCGGCAGCUAUAAUAAAGUCAACCCUCCAUCUUUCCUAGACAGUCGUGGAAAGGGAGAAAAAAUGGAACGGGAGCGGUAGACAAGAAGAGAGGAAACCUCUACUUAACAAAGAGCCCUUUUUUUCCCAGAGCCAAGUCCUCCAUGGACUUGGAAAGGCCCGAGCGUCCCCUUUCCCAGCAGUUGCCAUGCCGCCCCCGGAACUUAGACAGUGAAGAAAAGCAGCUGGACAUCCUGCCUGAGGAGAAGGAAGUGGAAGAAAUGCAACGGUAUCAGCGGCGGUCCCAGCCCGGCCCGCGGGGGGCGUCGGACAGCAGCAGCAGCAGCAGAGCACCGUCUGGGUUUCGGAAUGGCACGGACGGUGGGAGUAUCAUCCCGGCCCCGGCCAUACGGGCCGAGCUCCGGGAAGUGGGUGACUUACUGGCGUCUACCCCGGCGAAGUCGCCCCAUUCGUACAUUGCGCUCAUCACCAUGGCCAUCUUGCAAAGCCCGCACAAGCGGCUCACACUGAGCGGCAUCUGCGCCUUUAUCAACGACCGCUUCCCCUACUAUCACCGCAAAUUCCCGGCCUGGCAGAACAGCAUUCGUCACAACCUGUCGCUCAAUGACUGCUUCGUCAAAAUCCCUCGGGAGCCGGGCCACCUGGGCAAGGGCAGUUACUGGAGCCUUGACCCGGCCUUCCUGGAUAUGUUCGACAACGGAAGUUUUAUGCGCGGGAGAAAACGCUUCAAACGCCCGGCCUUAGGCGCUCCGCUGUGCUCGCCCUUGCAACCCAUGGGGCCUCCGGGACUCCUUCUCUGUCCCGCCGUGGCCGCGCCCGUCUCUGCCCGGCUCAGCCCGGACCCCCUGCUGCAGCCGCACCCGCUGUGCUACAUUGUUUUGCCGGCCCCGACCUGCCCCGCGCCUCUGCUGAGGAAAGGGGGCAACGUGCACCCUCAGCCCAGUGUUCCAGUCCGGUAACUGUCGCGGGGCCAAGGGUUCCUCGUUCAGCAUCAACAGCAUCUUGCAGGGAGACCGAGGAGGGAGCGCGGGGGCGCCUCUAACGUCCCCCUGGGGUCAUUGCCACUUGUGGCACGCUCCGGCUCUGGACACCUCACGGUGGCUGCGAGUGUCCGCUACCGCCCGGAUGUUACUACAGCAGCAGCGAUCGACUGCUUCUCCAGCAAGAUCUCGCUUCUCGGCCGUUUCUUGUCCACCGCGCCAUUAGGAUGCCCAUCCGGGACGGCACCAAGCUGCUUUCGCAAGUGGCUUCCACCGGCCAGGAGGCGGGCGCUCCUGCUUUGAGUCACCUGCCUGCAGCGCCCUCAGACCUUUGACUGCGAGAGCUUCAGCCACUGCUUUGAAAUCUCUUUCUCCCUUUAACCUCCCCUUCUUGCUCCUGCUUGGAAGGAAAUCUGGAAUAAUCACAUCUAGUUAGGUCUCCCCUGUUUUAUGGAUUCGUAAACAGAUUUGCAUCCCUGUCAGCUUCAAGAUUACUACUUGCCUAUUAAAGAUUUUUCCCCCGGCUUAUCUAGUUUUCUUGUUGAGCUUUUAACCCUCGCAGCGAAGCACGAGGGUUAUUUAUAGAUCGAUAUAGUUUAUGUAUUUUACUCCGCAAAGUGUUUACCAAGGAAAUGACCUGGUUUUGCUUUUCCAGGGCAACCUGAGAGUAAACAACUAAUUGCACGGAAUAUGAAUUGGGUCGGUUUACUUCUUGGGUUUGUCCCAAGUGACCAAAUGUGGGCUAUGUAUUAUGUAUUUUUCUAAUAUGCUUAAAGAUUACGCCUCCCUCCCCCCCCAACUGGGCUCCGGUAAUUGAAAAAAAGAAAAAAAAAAAACUUCAAAAACCAUAACUUCCAGGUACAAGAGCUUCUUCUUCCAAGCCCUCUUUGAACUAUGAGGUUUUUUUUUUCAAAGUGUAUAGUAUUUGUCUCUCUUUUUCUUCCAGACAAUCCAUCUAUAAUAUAAUUAGAAAUUUUGAAUUUUGCAAUAUUUAUUUUUUGUAAAAGUGUUUUCGACAUUACACACACACACACACCCUGAGAUAACUUAUCUAAUAAAAUUUAUCUUCUA